AUGGCUGCAGAAGUUUCUUUAAACGUUAAACCAAGGAUGAAGAUACUGGUAAUCGGCCAUAAUGGGAGCGGUAAGUCUUCUGUUAUAAACGAGAUGGUGGCAAAAAAAGUAGCAAAAGUUGGCCGACCAGAAGACCCAACUCCUCACGAUCCAAUUGAGGCCCACAAUUGCACAAUUGGAGACGUAGAUGUCACGAUAUUUGAUACAAGAGGAUUUGGUGACCCUUCAGUAACAGACAAGAAGACAAUGGAGGCUGUUACUAAAAUCAAGACCGUAGAUGUGGUGCUGAUAUGUCACAAGCUGUAUGGCAGGGUUGAUGAUGCGACUGAAAAAGAACUAAAGGUUCUAGUUGACAGGAUGGGUAAUGACAGUAAAGGUUUGAUUGACUUAUCUGUUUUUGUCUUUACUUUUGGCGAUGAUUACCUAUCAAGAUGUGAUCCCGAGUUUACUAAUGAUGGUAGAUUGACAGAAGAAUCAAAAGUGCAAAUUAAAGAUGAAUUGGUGGCACAGCAAGCAAUAAUGGAACACAAGUUAAAAGAAAAGUUAAGAAAAAUAGUCGUUGAUAAAAAAGUUGUUAACAGAAUACCCAGUUGUAUAUCUUGUGGGAAAAGGAAAAAGAAUGGAAAGCAAAAAGAGUUGCCUACAAGUAGUUUCUCUAGUUGUAAUUGGAUUGAAGAUCUUUGGGACUUAUGUGAGCAGCGAUGCAAACCUGAAGCAAGGCCAUUUGUUCGUUCCAUGAAAAGCACCAUCAUUAAUACAUUAGUGAUGGGUGGGCUAGGAGGAGGAGCAGUUGGAGCUGUUGUUGGUGGCGUUGCUUCAGGAAUUGAAGCAGGUGCUACCCUCGGUACUGCAGCUACACCAGGAGUUGGUACAGUAGCUGGAGCUGUUGUUGGUGGAGUUAUUGCUGGAGCAAUUGCUGGUGGGAUUUAUGGUGUUGGUGCUGCUGGCGUUGGUGCUGCAGUAGUAGGAAUUGGAGUUGCAGCUGCUGGAAUUGGAGCUAGAGUUGUAGAGGCAGUGAAGGGCAAAUCUGAUAAAAGCAAUUGA